AUGAAAACGGCAGCAAGGGUAGUACGGCACUUCCUUCUGGAGAAUGCCAUGAAGGACGAGGCAGAAGAGAGUGAAUCGACAAAGAAUACGACGUGUAGUCAAUGUAACUGUGCACGUGAGACGACUAGCAGUGAUAGCAGCACUAGUGAAAGCAGGACAGUUGCGUGUGGCGAUCAAGGGGUGAAAGGAGUGCCAGCGUUCAUGUUGCCCAAGGACGACUAUUUCCAAUAUCCUGGUGCUCCUGGAGGGCCGCCACCCAGAAUACAACCCCCUGGUAUGGCUCCUCCUUGUGUGUGCCCACAUCAAGCACCAAAGCCACCACCCGCUCAUCAACGGACUCAUCCUGCUCGUUCACACCAUACACCUCGUCACCAUCACAAAUCGGUACAUCAACACCGAUCAGCAUCUGUUCCGAGGCCGACCAAGCCCAAGCCAAUGAUUGCCCUACCGCAACCGUUCCCUAGGGAAGCUCCCCCUCUAUUUCCCCCAGCACCUGGACCUAUAAUAGCUCCGAAUCCUGCUCCUAGAUCAGUAUAUGCCCCUGGACCAAUGGCUCCUCCUCAACAACAGUUUCCUAAGCCUGCUCGUAUUCAGCCUUCGCCGCAACCUAGACCACCACAAUUCAACCAAAGGCCUGCAGAUUUUAAACCAGUUUGUCCCCCUCCG